AUGCGCCCCGAGUUCCCGGGGCUGGUGGAGGCCGCAACCGAGACGGAGUGCACCGAGGCAUCCACUGAACCGGAGGAUGAACAGUGGGAAGAUGAAGAGCAAAUGUUUGUUUUUAAGGUGGCAAUUGUGGGCGACUAUAGCGUUGGUAAGACGUCCAUGGUAAAGAGGCUCCUCGACAUUCCGUACGAGAAAAUCGCAUCAUCAUCAUCAGCGCCACAACCACCAGGGUCCAGCCGGGAAGGUGAAGUUGUUUCCAAUUCGCUGCAACCCCUUCACACCACAACGCCGACGGUGGGAACCGAUUUCUUCUCCCGGGUCGUGCGGAAUGUGCGGGCGGGACAACAUGUGCGGCUGCAACUUUGGGACACAGCUGGGUUGGAGCGGUACGCCUCUGUGGACAAGUCCACAUUCCGUUGCGCCUCUGCGGCGAUUGUUGUGUUUGAUGUGAAAAAUAGGGAAAGUUUUGCUCAUGUAACCUCGCAACACCUCGACUUGGUCAUGCGGUACAACCCCGACAUCAGUGGUCGCCACAUUUUUGUUGUUGGAAACAAAGUGGAUCUUAUAGACAAUACCGAGGUUGAGGAUAUGGAUAGGCUUGUUACACAGCACGAGCUGCAGUUUGAGUUGUUUAGUGCAUUUCCUGACGUGCAAUAUUACGAGGUGAGUACACUAACGAACUAUGGCUUACGUGAAAUGCUACACGGAUUAUGCCACACUCUUCUCAACGAUCACACGACAUGUGAGGAGGGAAAUAUCAAAGAGAAUGGACCAACACCGGCGGAGCGAGGUCCGCUGCAUUCCCACCUUCCAUUAAACUUUGACACUGGGACUACAAUGGACGGAGAGACAGGGACGGAUGGUACUCUCUUUACUACAGACGGAGUUAUGGCGUCUGCACCAUCGCUAUAUUCACUGGGGUCGAUGGUUACCGUUAGAAGUGCACAAAUAGCUGAAAGUGGCUGGUUCACACCGCGGGAACGCGGAAGUGAGGGUGAUACGUGUGCUUGUGAUAAGUAUAUGACUGAGGAAGUGAAGGAAUCACCCACACAUGGCCCCUCCGGCACCGAUACCACACUUGUGGCUGAAGAUGUUGACGGUCAUGAGGAAACAGCAUGCUCUCAUAUGCACAUGGAUCCAACUGCAUUGCUCUCAUGUAAAGAGGAAGAAAGGGAUAUUACACUUUAUUCGGUGUGCUCAGCCCUAGAGAGCGGUGUCGUUGACAACAGUGUCGCGGAGGCGAGUAAUGGCAGUGGUUCAAUCGAUGCACUUAACAUGGGGGACGAAACGGGUGUUGAAUCCACUCGUCAGCAAACCAGCGCAGCGCCACCCAGCGUAGAGAAUACGGCUCGAUUUGUAGGUGGAUCGCAGCGUUUGCAUAACUCAAUGUCUAUGGACAGCUACUUUGGUUCCCUCUCCCAUAGUUGGGCCGCCACUGGUAGAAAUGCAAACGCCAUCAGUAGCGAUGACCACCCCGAAGCGUCAUCCCAUCGGAGGAGAAUUGACGAUAUGCUUAGGCGCAUAGAUCGGGAUGCUGAGCUGGAAAAUUCCCCUGAAAGUAGGCAUGUCGCUGAGGAUGUGGACUACGGGGCAACUCCCGUGGAUCACGGUAAUGAAAAGCCAUCUAAAGUUAAUUUGUCAUCGUGUUCGUGCUUCGGUUCGAAGGGUGACAGAUCCAAACGCUCGGGUUGUUGA